AAAAAGAUGGACCCCCAAGUCUUAAAGACCAUUAGCGAUCUAACAAACAAAUUUCACCAAUCAAUCUCUCCUCUGCUCCCCAAUUUCUUCUCCUUUAUAUCUCUUUUACAACUACAUCAUGAUUUUCCUUUUCCCGUCCCAAUCUUCCCCUCCAUUUUUCAACAUUUUUCUCCUUAUUCUACUUACCGUUACAGCACCAUCUGCGGCGGCCACGCCACAUUCGAAAUGCAAAUUUGAAGCCAUCUUCAAUUUCGGUGACUCUAAUUCCGACACCGGCGGGUUUUGGGCAGUGUUUCCUCCGCAACAUGAACCUAAUGGCAUGACCUUCUUCAAGAAGCCCACCGGCCGUGCCACCGACGGAAGGCUCAUUAUCGAUUUCCUUGCUAACUCGCUUGGACUUCCAUUUAUAAGCCCAUAUCUGAAAGCAAUAGGUUCAGAUUUCAAACAUGGAGCAAACUUUGCAACAUUGGCUUCAACAGUGUUAUUGCCAAACACUUCCUUAUUUGUCACUGGAAUUAGCCCCUUCUCUUUGGCCAUUCAGCUCAACCAAAUGAAGGAAUUCAAAUUUAGAGUUGAUGAAUACUAUUCUUCUUCCUCUUCUUCUUCUUCUUCUUCUUCUUGUUCUUCCUCUUCUUCUUCUUCCUUUCUCAAAGGUGAUGAAGGAUGGAGCCAACUUCCAGCACCGGACAUCUUUGGAAAGGCAUUGUAUACAUUCUACAUUGGUCAAAAUGAUUUCACCUCCAACUUAAAAGCUAUUGGAAUUCAAGGUGUUAACCAAUAUCUUCCUCAAGUUGUUUCCCAAAUUAUUGAUACCAUCAAGGAGCUAUACAAGUUGGGAGGAGAAACGUUUCUAGUAAUGAAUAUGGCUCCGGUGGGGUGUUAUCCUGCCCUUUUGGUUCAGCUUCCACUUGAAAGCUCAGACAUUGAUCAAUAUGGCUGCUUUAUCUCUUACAAUAAAGCUGUAACAGACUAUAAUGCCAUGCUUAAGAAAGAGCUGGAGCGAGCAAGAAGCACCCUCCCUAAAGCUUCACUCAUUUACUUCGAUACUCACUCUGUUUUGUUGCAACUCUUUCAACAUCCCAACUCUUAUGGUCUUAAAUAUAGUACCAAAGCUUGUUGUGGUCAUGGUGGAGGACCCUAUAAUUUUGACCCAACAAUUCUUUGUGGAAAUAGUAAGAAGAUAAACAAUAAAAUCUUAACAGCAACAGCUUGCUCUGAUCCAUAUAACUAUGUAAGUUGGGAUGGAAUUCAUGCCACAGAAGCUGCAAACAAACUUGUUGCAUUGGCUAUUCUUAAUGGCUCUUAUUCUGACCCUCCCUUUUCCUUUCAAAAUCUUUGUCAUCUCCAACCUCUAGAUUGAUCAAUAAUCCAUCUUAAAUAAAACCUAUUUGAUGUGAACAAAGAUUUCCCUUUUCUCGGAAUAAGAUGUGAACCAAGAUGUCCUUGGUUUCAAUCGUACUCCUUUUGAAUGUCCGUUUUACGUUGUUUUUAAGAAAUUCAUCACAAGUAACAAGUGUUGGCAUUUGCUCUAAAUAGCACAAUGUUGUUCGUUAAUAUGCUUUAAAUCUUAAACACAAUGUUUUUAGGUUUUGUUUGAGCAAACAGAAAAGAGUAAAGAGAAAUUACAGCCAAUUGUAUAGUUGUACUCUUUUUUAUU